AUGGUCCGCAUCGCUAUCGCCGCUUUCCUCACCUUCGCCGUUACCGUCUUCGCUGUCGGUGACCCUGCUGGCGCUGCCAACGUUGGCAACGGCAAGGGCAAGCAGUUCAUCACCGGUGCCUGUCUCAGCAACGCUGACUGCGCUUCCGGAUGCUGCGCCGGUCUUGGUGAUGGCGCCGUCUGCUCCGGCCCUGCUGUCGGCAACGCUGCUGGCAAGCGCGGCUGCGGUUUCCCUGAUGUUGGUGGCCCUGGCGCAGGUGCUGCUGCUCCUGCUGCUCCCGCUCCCAACUGCCCUCCUUGCCGCCGUGGCCUCCUCUUCUCUUCUUAA